AAGAUAAUUUGAGUGGGUGAGAAUGUUUGUGAUAAGAGGAAGAGAGUCUUCUUUUUUUUUUCUACUUGUGUUGCAAAGUAAACUUGUGACAUCAAAUGGGUCAAACUCGAACCUUUUUCUCGUCUUUUGUUUAAUUAAUUGUUUGAAAAUCUCGUUGUCCUUCCUCCUCUUUCUCCGUCUCACGUCUCUGGUCCUAGAGAGAGAGAGAAAGGUAGGAUCUUGUUUCCAUCAUUCGUUUUCUCUGGUUUGGUUAAGGAAAGCGUUACUCUUUACCACUUCGAUCCAAAUCAAAAUCUGGGUUUCACUCAAAGUUCAGAUUUUGAUUAUUCUUAGUGAGGAAACAGAGUAAACAGAACUUGAGUAUGUCGUCUGUAGUAGUGUUAUGGGUUGCUCCUUCUCCAAAUCCAGACCCAAUGAACACUUGUGGGUUGGUAAGGGCUUUAGAAUCUUCUAGAGUGCUCUCUCGUUGUCAGAGAAUGAGCAAUGGUAGGAGGAAGCAAACAACAACAACUUGGAGUUCUUCUGUUAUGAGAUGCCGCAGAAGAAGUAGUGUUGUGUCUUCAAGCUUAGUCGUAAAUCCUGCAGGAGAGAUGACCCUCUCCUCCGAAGAGAAGGUUUACAAUGUUGUGCUGAGUCAAGCAGCUUUGGUGAACAAACAGCUUAGGUCUACUUCUCCUGUUCUUGACGAUGUAAAGAAACCACAGGAUAUUGUUCGUCCUGGGAGUUUGAGUUUGUUGGGUGAAGCUUAUGAUCGAUGCGGCGAAGUUUGUGCUGAAUAUGCCAAAACGUUUUAUCUUGGAACUUUGCUUAUGACACCUGAAAGACGCAAAGCUAUUUGGGCUAUCUACGUGUGGUGUAGAAGAACUGAUGAAUUGGUAGAUGGGCCUAAUGCAUCACAUAUAACCCCCAUGGCGUUAGAUAGAUGGGAAGCAAGGUUAGAAGAUCUUUACCGUGGCCGUGCUUUCGACAUGCUUGACGCUGCCCUCGCUGAUACAGUUACUAGAUACCCUGUAGAUAUUCAGCCAUUUAGAGACAUGAUUGAAGGAAUGAGAAUGGAUUUGAGGAAGUCUAGAUACAACAACUUUGAUGAGCUCUACCUUUACUGCUACUAUGUGGCGGGAACCGUCGGUUUGAUGAGCGUUCCGGUUAUGGGAAUCGAUCCCAAGUCCAAAGCAACGACCGAGAGUGUUUACAACGCUGCCUUGGCCCUCGGUAUAGCCAAUCAGCUUACCAACAUACUCAGAGACGUUGGUGAAGAUGCAAGAAGAGGAAGAGUUUAUCUGCCACAAGAUGAGUUAGCUCAGGCUGGACUCUCAGAUGAAGACAUAUUCGCUGGAAAAGUCACUGAUAAAUGGAGAAACUUCAUGAGACUGCAGCUUAAGAGAGCAAGAAUGUUCUUCGACGAAGCUGAGAAAGGCGUCACCGAGCUUGACGCUGCUAGCAGAUGGCCAGUAUGGGCAUCGCUCCUAUUAUACAGGAGAAUAUUAGACGAGAUUGAAGCGAAUGAUUACAACAACUUUACAAAGAGAGCUUAUGUUGGGAAAGUGAAGAAAAUUGCAGCUCUUCCAUUAGCUUAUGCUAAAUCAGUACUAAAGGUUUCAAGUUAAGAGGAAUAAACUAAGAGGGCUUUUGUGAUUAAAGGCAAAGCUUAGGGUUGAAUUUACUAAUAUAUACAUAUAAAUGGGAAAGAAAUUCUUAUGGUGCUCACUUAUAUUUCUCUAUGUAAAAAGUAAAAAAAAUAUUUUAUUUCUCUUGGCUCUUGGCUACCAAAGAGAGAUGGAUAUUAUGGAUGGAGAGCUAGUUUUGUG